UCCCACUCACUAUUGGAGUAGUUCCAACAUCACCCCAUUUCAUUGGAUGCCCCCAUCACGUUCUCUCACUACCCCAAAUCCCAUGAACCCCUCUCUCUCUCUCUCUCUCUCUCUCUCUCUCUCUCUCUCUCACAUUACUCUAUUUGUAAUGCUUUCAACAUCCCACGAUCCUUCCCCAUUUACAAACACUUCUUUUUAUCCCCCCCAACUCCGCCCUUCAAUUAUUUUUCUCCCUCCUCCCCCCCCCCCCCCCCCCCCCCCCCUCUAUCUCUCUCUCAUUAAACCCAUCACUCUUCUUACCUAUAGAAUUCUCAUCAAAAUUAACCCAAAACCCAUCUCCCCUUUUUUCCCAUUAAUUCCCUCCUCCUUAAUUGAUUUCCAAAUGGCUCUCGAGACAUGGCUUAUCAAGGUAAAAACAGCCAUAUCCACCAGCAUCGAUUCCGUACGCGCCACUCCAUCAACCCCCAGGAAACAACAACCCGCCGGUGCCAUGAAGAAGGCCAACGUCGGAGUCUUGUCCUUCGAGAUAGCCGGCCUCAUGUCCAAGCUCCUCCACCUCUGGCAAUCCCUCUCCGACAAGAAUAUAACCCGCCUCAGAAACGAAUGCAUAUGCCUCGAAGGCGUCCGUAAGAUCGUGUCCAACGACGAGUCCUUCCUCCUCGGCCUCGCCUGCGCCGAGAUCGCCGAAAACCUCAGGCUCGUCGCCAAAUCCGUGUCCAGACUCAGCAAGAAAUGCGAGGACUCGAGCCUCAGGUCGUUCGGCAGGGUUUUCGACGAGUUCUCGAACACGGGCCGGGACCCUUACAACUGGGUAUUGAGCUGGAAGGAGAUGGAUGCAAAGGUUAACAAGAAGAUGGAGCGUUUGAAAACCGCCACGUCGACCCUUUACAGGGAAAUGGAAGAGCUCGUGAUUUUGGAAACCGAUUCAAGGAAAAAACAGUUGCAAAAGAUGGUGGAUCUGCAGCAGAAGAUUUUGGUGCACAGGCAAGAGGUUAAGUAUCUAAAGGAGAGGUCUUUAUGGAACAGGAGUUUUGACACGGCCAUUUCAUUGCUUGCUAGAUCCAUUUUCACGGUACUGGCAAGGAUCAAGCUCGUGUUUGGGAUUGGUAACGUGUUCUCAUCGUACGCAGUUUCUUUGCCUCGGAGCCUGUCUGCUUCAGCUGCCGUCUACCCUUCCGAUCAGAACACGAACUCUGGCGAUUUCGUAUCGGGCCUGUUGAUGAUGAGCACCAGGAGCUCUAAGCAUAUAGACAUGAAGGAUUCGAGUCGUGGGUUCUUCGAGUUGAACUCGAAAAUGCUGAAACCGCCCACGAGUACUCUGGGUGCCUCUGCUCUUGCUCUGCACUAUGCAAACCUGAUAAUUGUGAUGGAGAAAAUGAUAAGGUCGCCGCAUUUGGUGGGCCUCGACGCGAGAGAUGAUCUUUACUCGAUGCUGCCGAAUAGCAUAAGGUCGUUCCUGAGGGCCAGGUUGAAAGGGGUGGGGUUCUCGGCCAGCGAUCCGGGGCUCGCCGGAGAGUGGAGAGAUGCUCUGGGGAAGAUCUUGGGGUGGUUGUCACCUUUGGCGCAUAACAUGAUCAAGUGGCAAAGUGAGAGGAGCUUUGAGCAGCAGAAUUUGAUGCCCAAGACAAACGUUCUCUUGCUACAAACGCUGUAUUUUGCAAACAAAGAGAAGACAGAGGCUGCCAUCACUGAGUUGCUGGUGGGUCUGAAUUACAUUUGGAGGUUUGAAAGGGAGAUGAAUGCUAAGGCCUUGUUUGAGUUUUCCAAUUUUAAUGGGUCCUUGGAUUUGCAGGCUUCUUCAAGUUAGGCAAAUUUUAGGGGGGCUUUCUUUCUUUCUUAAUUUCCUUCUUUUUAACUUUUUCCUUCUUUUGUUAAUCUACUUUCGAUUUUGAUAUUAAUUAUGGGUUUUCUCUUAGAUUUUGAUAAACUCAACUUCAGAUCUGUGAGGGCUUGUUGUUUUGGUUCUAAACCCUGAUCUGUAAUUGUAACAUAAUGGAUCGAUGUAAAUGAUAUGAUUGAGGUAAUUAAUUGUUCAAAA